AUGACUACCACGACCACCAUCACGGCUGACUGCCGCCUCCAGACGGAUAUUCCUCCUGUCUCGGGUUUGGUUCCUAUCAAAGCCCAAGCCUCAGGCAGAGUCCUCGGGGACGCUGCCGGACAUGCCAGCAGCACCGCGCCGAGCGAGGAAAGGUCGGGCGACCCGUCGGAUAACAAUGGCUCGCUCGUCAGCUUGGAUUUCGAUCGCCCAUCUGCGAACCGGCGGCCCAUGAUCCUAACGGUCAUGGCCAUUACGCAACCGGCGCUGAUUAAUUUCCUAACCUCGUUUACAAACGGAAUCAUCACGGUUUGCCUGCCAACUAUUGCGCGCUCUGUCAAUCUACAGAGGCAGCUAUAUCUUUGGCCAGUCAGCGUGUUCGGACUGACUUCCGGAUCCCUGCUUCUGCUGGCCGGCAGCACAGCGGAUCUAAUCGGCGCGCGCGCCGUCGAGAUCACCGGGGCUUCCAUACUCGGCAUCUUUUCCCUUGCUUCCGGCUUCGCGCAGACGGGCGAACAGCUGGUUGCCUUCCGCGCCAUCCAGGGCAUCGGCGCCGCCAUGCAUCUCCCGGCCUCGGUCUCGCUCGUCGCGGCGGCCACCGACAAGGGCCGGGCCCGCAACUUUGGCUUUGCCGCCCUGGGCUUCAGCCAGCCCCUCGGCUUCAGCGUCGGCCUGGUCCUGGGCGGCGUCCUGGCCGAGUACUCGACGUGGCGCAUCGGCUUCUACGUCCCCGGCGGACUGCUCGCUGCCGCCGCCGUAGCUGGGCGCUGGACUUUGCCGAAGACCACACCGGCCCCGGCGCCUGAUGGCGGCGUCGGCGGCCGAGUCUGGUCGCGAUUCCGCACCGAGAUAGACUGGGUCGGCGUGGGUCUCGCGAGCUCGGGUCUCACAGUCUUCAGCUACGUGCUCGCCAUCCUCAGCGCGGACCUGCAGAUGAUCCGCUCAGCCACAACGAUAUCGCUCCUGGCCCUCAGCCUGGCCCUGCUCGCGUCGUUCCCCUUUUGGAUGGGGAGGCGGGAGCGCGCGGGCCGGCCGGCGCUGGUGCCCAAUUCGCUCUGGGGGAACGUGCCGUUCACGACCAUCUGUGCGCUCGUGGCCAUCUCGUGGGGCACCGUCAACUCGAUGGAGCUCUUCUCGUCGCUCUACUUCCAGGAGGUGCAGCGGCGCUCGUCCCUGACGGCCUCGCUCUUCCUGCUACCCAAUGUGGUGGUCGGCACGGCGCUCAGCCUCAUGACGGGCGUCUUCGUGCACCGCCUGCCCGCGCGCUGGCUGACGGGCGGCUCGUCGCUGCUCUGCGCCGCGUCGCCGCUGCUCAUGGCGCUCGUCGAGCCGGCCUGGAGCUACUGGCACGGCCAGUUCUGGGCCCAGGUGCUUGUGCCCGUCAGCGCCGACGUGCUCUUCACCGUCGGCCUCAUCGUCGUCAGCGAGUCGUUCCCCGAGCGCACCCAGGCCCUCGCCGGCGCCGUCUUCAACACGGUCGGCCAGCUCGGCCUCAGCCUAGGCGUUGGCGUCUGCCAGGUUGUCGCCCUCGGCGUCGCGGGCAACGGCAGCGGCGGCGGCGGCCAUGGGGGUGGCGGCGGAGGGGCUUUCGACGACGAGCAGGUGGGCGCGCUGCUGAGGGGCUACCGGGCCAGCUUCUGGGCCAUGUUUGGGCAGAUGCUGCUUUGCACUGCCGUUGCUGUCGUCGGCUUGAGAAAGGUCGGGAAAGUUGGUGUGAAGAGAGAAUAA